CAGCUCCUGGAGCACUGAUCGGUACGUUUUUGUGUGUGAUAUGGCCUUGACAUGUUGCGAGCUGAGCGAGUGUACACCGCAGGCUGCACCCGUUCCAGUUCGCGGACAAAAACACUCCGAGUCGGAAUGCCCAUACUACAGGAUGAAGAUGCGUCCCAGGCUACGUUCAAGGCGCUGAAAAAUGUAUGCGUGCCUCUCAUGGGCAACUCGCAGCUCUCGCCGACGUCCACGCCGGUGGUGUCAAAGUUACUGGCGGAGCUCAUUGCCAUCUUGCGCCAGGUGGAAGCUUCAAAUGCCGCCCUACGCCCGUCCAUCAUAUCGUAUAUCUUCUUCCCUUUAUCUACCAUCAUGCGCAGGAACACCCUCUCCUCGAUCCCCGACCAAAUAAUGGAGAAGGUUUUUAUCGUGCUCAGUAUUAUAUGCGAGAGCUGGUGGUGGGACUUCGACGAAACAACGUGGGAACAAAUCUUUAUGCUGUGCGGUGCCGUCCUUGGAGGUAUCGAUAGCAAGGGGAAGGGCAAGAUGAGGGACGAGGAGACGAGAGAAGCCGCCACCCGUUGCCUAUACGCCUUGCUGCGCGAGCGAACCCCGGAGGAAGAUCCUGUUGGUGUCGUCGUCCCUCCACGCAGCGAAAGGAUUCUUGCGAGGUUCCGGUCGCACGCGAGGACCAAGACGUUCAUUCCGAUCCUGGGUCAGACAGUCAAUUCGCUUCUGUCCACGGCUGAAUCGUCGCAUAUCCCGUUACAAAAAAUCUCGCUCGAGGUUCUUCGUGUACUCACAGAACUCUAUCUCCCGGAAGACUUCGUGCCUUCCGUCCUUCCCGGGGUGAUCAGCGCAACAAGUAAAAUCGCGCUGGGCGUCGACUCGCACAAGGGCUGGUCGAAUGGCGAUAUCGUCUCUGCGGCGCUUGGUGUCAUGCAAAUUGUCAUCGUCCAAUCUGUCGGCGAUGAGGUCUGCCUUCGACACGGGGCUGUACGGAGUCUGGACAGCCUAGAAGACUUGCUUGCAGCGGCAGAUAACUCGAGUCAGGAAGUCCCGCCCGUCACUGCGCCCUCGCCGUACUCUACGGUCCGUACGGAAAAUUGGCUGCGUGGGACAGCCUCGCAGUUGCACAUUGCCAUGAACGCGCUCGCGCCCCUUGUGAAUCACCCAACACCAUCAGCUACGCUCGCUUUGGCCUCGUUCUCCGAGGCCGUCCUAUCCGCGACUACAUUGACCGUGCCGCAGUCUCAGGGUCUUCUCCUAUCCUUCCUCCUCUCGCUAUCCGGGUCUCAAUACACCAAUGUCGCCAGUAGAGCAAGCGCUGCACUGAGACGCCUCCUAUCCCCUACGUCCAAUGCCCGACAUUCCCUCCUUCAAGCGCUCUUGCACAUCUCUAGAGACAGCUUGGCAUCCCUUCCCAGACUUAUCGCCGCGCAUUCAGACUCGAAAGUCGAGCACCUCGCCAAUCUUGUCGAGAGUGUCUGCAAAUUGGCGAUCACCACCGACGCCGAACGCCCCGGGAUCAGUGUCAUCAGCACCGGUGUCGGGAAGCUCCUCGGGCCCACUGGCGGGAUCGAGAAGUGGGGUUGGAGCCUGCUCUCAGUGUUGGUCUUCGGCGACGCACCGAUCACGGUGACCAGGACUCAUGGGGCCCAAGGGCUGCUGGAGACCACUGAAGACACGGGGUCGAUUCCGUUCCCGCCCUUGGUUCUGAACAACGUCACGUCUCGCGCCGCGCAUUCAGCGAUAGAGCGGAUGCUCCGCGCAAUGGGUUCUGCUGCCGGAGACGACGGCUUGUUUGCUGUCGAAUGGUUCCUGGGUGUGGGCCAGAACGGACGAGGACCACCAGCAGUGUCUGCAUUGUGGUGUGCUUGUAGACUUCUGGAGGGCGUGGCCGGGGUCACCCUGGAUCUGGCCGCAUCUCUCGACCGCUCCCCGACGCAUACACGUAGUAAGCGUCUAGAGAAACUGGCCCGAGGGAUCGCAAAGAGAGUUGCAGAGUCUUGGACGGACUUCGACGAUGAAGAGGUUCUACAGCAGCAAGAUAGCAAGCCACCGGGCGCCGACGAGGAUUCUGUGCUCGUAGAGCACGUCAAGGGCUUCCUGACCAUCCGUGCCACGGUCGACUCGGAGUCGAAGCCGUCUCGACCAGCUCGCCCACGUCCGGCAGAUCAGCUCUUAUUGCACAAAGCAGUCUCACUGCAACUGCUUUCCAUCACGGCCGGGAUUCUGGAGGCCCGUUUUGCUUCCUUACUACUCCACACACUCUAUCCCAUCCUGCACUCCGUCGUCUCGGAGUCGCCGCUCGUCUCCACCACCGGCAUGGCGACUCUGAACUUCGUCGCGACCAUUACCUCGUACGCUUCCCCGGCCAACAUGCUACUUUCCAAUUUCGACUACGCUCUCGACGCCGUCUCACGCCGUCUCAGCCGUCGGUGGCUAGACGUCGAUGCCACCAAAGUGCUGGUCGCGCUUGUACGCUUAGUCGGUCGUGAUGCCGUGCAGAAGGCCGGCGACGUGGUGGAGGAGUGCUUUGAUCGCCUAGACGAAUACCACGGGUACGAAGUCAUCGUCGACGGGCUCAUCGAAGUUUUAUCAGAGGUCGUGAAAAUUGUGGAAGAGGACGACGACAACAGAUUUCAUAAAGGGCCGAAGGCGACUGAGCCCCCUGCUCCUCCUGACGAUGCGCACAUGGAAGCCUUCUUCAAAUGGUACGCGCAUAGACAUGACCACGUCGAGGAGGAGCACGAAAGUUCGCGUGAUGAUUCCUAUCCUCGAGAAGCCUGGGGCAAAGCCGCUGACGCCGGAGGACAGACGGAACAGACAGAACCUGUUCCAGAUCCAACCGCGGAGCCUCCGCCGACGCCUUCGCAGGCCCUCACAAAACAAAUUGUCUCGCGCUCACUAUAUUUCCUGACUCAUGGGGCGCCCACAAUACGGGCGAGGAUAUUGCUCGUGCUCAGCUCGGCUGUCCCGGUGUUACCUGAGUCUGCACUGCUUCCGUCGAUUCAUCACGCCUGGCCAUUCAUUUUGAACCGCCUCAGCGAUCAGGAACCCUUCGUCGUCAGCGCGGCCGCAGCACUCAUUGAAUCGUUGUCCGCACAUGUUGGAGAGUUCAUGCACCGCAGGAUCUGGGACGACAUAUGGCCACGUUUCCGGAAGAUGCUGGAGAAGCUCCGGGCCUCAGACGCGGACAGCGCUCUGGCAAGGCGCGGAUCGGGCGCGGUGGGCACCGAGUCGGCGUAUACAGUCUCUCACCGGCUCUACCGAUCAAUGCUGAAGACGAUGACUGCGGCCGUCGUGGCCGUUCGUGGCCAGGAUUCUGCGCUUUGGGACGUGACCGUCUUGUUCCGCAGAUUUCUGCAAAGCCAAGCGCACGAAGAGCUGCAAGCAUGCGCGAGGGACCUCUACGCAGCCAUCACUGUCAACAACGAAGAUGCUGUGUGGUUGGUCCUGUCAGCCACUCAGGGCAAAUCAGACCGCACGAUGGAUUUCCUAUCGCAACCGAAGUGGGGAAUCAGGGAGAAUGUUCGCGCGGUC